ACCCACACCGGUGACCGUCCGUUUAUGUGCCAGUACUGCCACAAGUGCUUCUCAAGGAAGGACUACUUGAAGCAGCAUGAACGCAUCCACACUGGAGAGAAGCCCUAUCCCUGUGACAUCUGUGGUCGUGCAUUUACCAGGAAAGAAGGAUUGACAGACCACAUGCGCUGUCAUUCUGACUUCCGAGCCUUUUCCUGUGAAACAUGUGGCAAGAGCUUCAAGCAAAAAUGUGGUUUGCGCUUCCAUAAGAGGAAUUAUAAACAUUAACCUGCCAUAAAGAUCUCCAACACUUAAUUCACUGUUCCAUUUAUGAGGCGGAUAUGGAUAGCCUGUCUCUCAGUUAGUUGGAUGUGGUCCCUUUAAAAAUAUGCCAGAUAAAGGGCUAAUUUAUGCCCCUGUACUAAGUUAAGUCGUGCCAUUUCCUUUAUGUUGAGCACCUAAUUUCUGUGUUCAGAUAGUCAAUUUUACCCUGAGCUUUGUCUAUGGCCCUGGCCAGAUGUAUAUUUUGGGUAUAUGAUUAUGGUUAGUGAAAUAUCACAACUUGUAUAUUGCUGCUCACAUACAGGGAACUUGUGUAAAUUUGAUUUAUGUUUUGACUUCAACAGGCUUAAUGUAUGGCAAAGGUUUUGCAAAAUGGAAAUUGACUUUUAAAUGUUAGAUUAAUCUCAGGUAAGCUGUAUUAAUAACAGUGCUUACCUUGGUGGAGUCAUUACCUAAAAUUAUGCAAUCAUAAUAUCAGUUUUAAAAUAUACUUUAUAUUCUUACUACUUUUGAUAUUUUCUUCAUCUUUUAUAUAUAUAUAUAAUGUUUAAAAAUUCAAAUUUAUGACAUAUUGCAGACCUCCUAAACUUGGUCGUAUGUUUCUUGUGUAUUUAUGACUCGCACAGAAAGAAUUUGUAUGACACCUUUUUUUUCAUGUUUGAUACUCUCUCUCAUCUGUAACUACACUUUAGGUGCUCUUUGUGGUAUGUUGCACUCCUUGAGUGCUGUUUUCUUCUGCCUUUUAUAAGUUAAGAUUAGAUGCACCAGUAUUUAUUUAAUUAUGAAAAUAACUUUUUGUAAAAAUAAAAAAAACAAUAAGAUUAUGUUAUAAAUAAUAUAUAAUUAAGAAAUAAAGAAAUAUGACACCCUCAUCUUUUUAAACUGUAAUCAAAAACUUUAAGUCUUGAUCAUAAAAAAUUGAGGUCAUCAGUGGAAAACUUGUUUAAAGGCAGGAAUGUCACCUUUUGUCUACAGCUCAUGUUUCAGGACAACACUUUUUAUGGAUUUACUUUGAUUGUAUCCAGACCUGAAAUCAGAGUUGAAAUAAAACAAUGCAGGAAAACAAAA